AUGAGAAUCAGCCACAAGUUGCAGAGGAGCCAUGCCGAGGACGACAUCCCAACGUUCUCCUUCGAGUUCUUUGUCCCAAAGACCAGUCAAGGUGUCCAGAACCUAUACGACAGAAUGGAUAGAAUGUACAACCUCAACCCUCAAUUCAUCGAUGUCACUUGGAACGCUGGUGGGAGACUAUCCAACCUAACCACUGACAUCGUCCAAACUGCCCAAUCUGUGCUAGGGCUAGAAACUUGUAUGCAUUUGACUUGUACAAAUAUGCCAAUUGAAUUGAUUGAUAAAGCUCUAAGAGAUGCUUACAACUCUGGUUGUCAAAAUAUUUUAGCUCUUAGAGGUGAUCCUCCAGUGGAAGGUGGUGAAUGGACCGCAAUUGAAGGUGGGUUCACCCAUGCUAAAGAUCUAGUUAAAUACAUUAGAGAAAAAUAUGGUGAUCAUUUCGAUAUUGGUGUUGCUGCAUACCCUGAAGGUCAUCCAGAAGAAACUGAUAUUGAUCUAUUAGUUGAUUAUUUAAAAGAAAAAAUCGAUGCAGGUGCCGAUUUCAUAAUUACUCAAAUGUUUUAUGAUGCUGAAAAUUUCAUUGAAUGGUGUAAAAAAUUAAGAGCUAAAGAUAUUAACGUUCCAAUUAUUCCAGGUAUCAUGCCAAUUAGUACAUAUGCUGCUUUUAAAAGAAGAGCAACUUGGUGUGAAAUCAAUGUCCCACAAGAAUUUGAGGAUAAAUUAUUAGAAGUUAAAGAUGAUGAUCAAUUAGUUAGAAAAAUUGGUAUUGAUUUAGUUGCUGAAAUGUGUUCAAAAUUAUUAAAUUCAGGCUUUGUUAAACAUUUACAUUUCUAUACAAUGAAUUUAGAAAAAUCUUCAGUUAUGGUUUUAGAAAAAUUAGGUUUAAUCACAUCUACAAUUGUUGAUGAUUUACCAUUUAGAAAAUCUUUAAAUCCAACAAGAACAAAAGAAACCGUUAGACCUAUUUUUUGGAAAAAUAGAAAAUAUAGUUAUGUCACAAGAACUCAAGGUUGGGAUGAAUUUCCAAAUGGUAGAUGGGGUGAUUCUAAUUCUGCAGCUUUUGGUGAUGUGGAAUUAUUUACUUCAGGUUUAUUACGUCAAUCUCCAAAAAGAUCUAUUGAAUUAUGGGGGGAACCUAAAACUAUACAAGAUGUUGCAAAUCUAGUGGUGAAAUAUUUAGAAGGUCAAGUCAAUUCAUUACCUUGGUCUGAUACUCCAGUUACAUCUGAAAUUAAUUCAAUUAAAAAUGAAUUGAUUGAAAUAAAUAAAUCAGGGAUCCUUACUGUUAAUUCACAACCAAGAGUAAACGGUGCAACAUCAAGUGAUCCAGCUUUUGGUUGGGGUCCUAAAAAUGGGUUUGUUUAUCAAAAACAAUAUCUUGAAUUCUUAAUGCCAAAAUCUAAUUUACCAAAUUUAAUCUCCAAAAUUGAAACUUUAAAUAAACCUUACAAUUCAAAUUUAAAUCCAAAGGAUAAUUUCAACUUACUUACAUAUUUUGCCAUUGAUUCAACUGAUGAUUUAUCAACAAAUGCUAAAGAUGAUUCUGCAAACGCAGUUACUUGGGGGAUUUUCCCAGGUCAAGAAGUUUUACAACCAACUAUCGUGGAAAAAGUUUCAUUCUUGGCUUGGAAAGAUGAAGUUUAUAGAAUUGCUGAAGAAUGGAGUUCUAUUUUUGAAGAAGGUGGUGAAUCUAAAAACAUUAUCAAAAGUAUUAUUAAUGAUUAUGCCUUGGUCAAUAUCGUGGACAAUGAUUACGUUGGUAAUGAUAAGAUCUUUGGCUUGCUAAAGGACUUGUAA